UGAUGCCUGUCUUUGCUGGCAUUUGCGGGAAUCUGCUCCAAGUCCUUUUUAUUCGAUCAACGACCGAUUGAUACAACAGAAAUCAGUUCCGAUGGCUCCCAGACGCGGAGGCUUUGGCGGAGGCGGCGGUGGCUUCUCGGGAGGCAGCGCCUGUCCCAGCUCCGCCUUUUCGUCAGAUUACUCGAGGAUCAUUCUGGCAUUUACCGCCCUCUGGCUGAUCGUCGACCUUGUCCUCGCAUGCAUGGUUGCAUCGCGGAAGAAGCGUAUUCUCAACGCUGGCCAUGCAAAAGAGAGCUUACAGUGGGCCAUGAUUCAUAUGUCCAUUAAUUUCAUGCUCCUAGGUAACAUCCUGUUGCUUGUCAGCCUUGUUCUAAAUGAGUGCGACAUAUCAUACUAUGCAGUCACAGGCGUUAAUAUCUCUGCGGUGUGGCUUCAUGGUCUCGCCAUCCUCGUUCUCUACGGCCUCAUUCUGGUCCCUGUUUGCAGACAAUUACACCAGGUUGCUGGGUACAUCAUGGCCAGGGUCGUCACCGUUGCUCAUUUCACACUUAUGCUUUUCCUGAGCAGUAUCCUCAUUUCAUAUCUCUCUGUUACGACCGCUGUAAUGGAUGGGUUCGCAUCUAGAUAUAGGACUUCUUUUUCUCUGUCUGACGCCCGACGGGGAUUGAUAAUCACCUUUGACGUGUUCGCUGUGAUUGGCAUGCUCAUGGCGGUCUUCAGCAUCGCCACUGCAAUGACCCGCUCGAAACAACUGCGAAGCGGGAACAUGGCAAUAUGGACCUCGCUCCUUAUUGCUGCGAGUCUGGGCCUCGCAACCGCUCAAUUAGGCGACCACACCUACAGUUUUUUCCCCUCGAACUUUACCUCUGAUCCUAGGGGUCGCCUCCUUGCCGGAACUUUCGUCACGGACUUCUUUUAUGCGAUGACAUUCCUCUGCGUUUUGUUCGUCGCGUCGAAUCCUGCAUUAACUACGUCCGAUCAGAACACUGCUUCUGCCCCUGUGGAACCUGUCGCACCCCAAACCGACGCUGUUCCUAUCCCAGUGGCUGUACCGGCGCCCAAUGGCGAAACGAAGGACUACUACACGCCAUUGCCAGUGUAUCAUAGUGCCACACCAUCACCACAUCAGCAGCAGACGCAAAUGUAUCAGCAGCCUCAGCAACAGCAACAGCAGCAGUAUCAAGCGGUGCCGCCUCCGCAACCCUACUAUUCUUGAGCACAGAAAAUUGAGACAUGAUUCCACAUUGAAGCUAAUACUGCUCGAGUAAAUGCACAAGCCCUUACUGUCUGACCUCAGUGCCUAGAGGAGCGUAUACACGAGAUUGUGCCCCUGGUCGAGACCGUGUUUACUGGUGGUUAAUGCGGACAUUGAAACAUGCCACGAUGCUUGGAUUAUUAAGUGUACACCUGCAAAACAAGGAGCUUUGAAAUUAUUGGAGCGCAGUUCGUGGUCGCUAUUGGUGUUUACCUUCGAUGUUUCUUCUUCAGUGCUAUGCUUCUUCGCCUGUCCUUAUAUGCUUCUUUCAGAUACCCCCACUUGAUUCUUGUACGAUCUAUUACCUGUGUUCCUACCAUGGUUUGCUAGGGAUUUAAUGAUAUUUCCUGAGAUGAGAACCUGGCUGCCGGGUCUACUUGAAAUUAGGUUGAUCUGAUCAUCCGUAUUCCGUUACAUAUCCGGGCCGAGAAUGUUACACAAGGCAACACGCGCUUUGUGCAACCUUUGAUGCACGUAUCUCUCAGCCU